AUGGAGGCGAAUCCCAGCGCUGCGCCGCCGCCCAAUGCCUUCGUUCUCUCCACGGCCCUCGGCGCCUGCUCGGCGCUGCGCGAUCUGGGCCGCGGCGAGCGCAUCCACUCGCGGAUCCAGCAGCGGCGGAGCGAUCUUGGAGGGAAUAUGGUGGUGCUGGAAACCGCUCUGCUCAGGAUGUAUGCUAGCUGCGGCUGCGUAGUCCAAGCGGAGGAGAUCUUCCAGGCGAUGGGCGAGAGGGAUGUAAUCGCGUGGAACGCAAUGAUCUCUGCAUAUGCCCACACCGGGCAUCACACCCGGGCAUUUGGGAUCUUCCGGAUCAUGCUCCUCGAGGCGGCGGUGACGCCCAGCGCCGCUACAAUCUCCGCCAUCCUCGCCGCCUGCCUCGAUCUGGGAUCUGGGAGGAGGAUCCACUGCUUAGCGGCAUCGAUCGGGGUGGAGUCCCAUCCAUCGGUGGCGAUCUCGCUGCUGGGCAUGUACUCGCGAUGUAGCAGCUCCAUCACCAGCGCUAGAGCGCUGUUCUUGGGCAUGGAGAGGAAGAGCCUGGUGGCGUGGAACACGAUGAUCGCGGCGUGUGCGCAGAGAGGUCUAGCGGCAGAGGCCCAGGAGCUGUUCAAGGCCAUGGAUGUGGAGCCGGAUGGAUUCACUUUCGCGAGCUUGCUGGCGGUGUGCUGCGAUCUAGACCUCGGGCGGCGCCUCCACGCCGGGAUUGCCACGGCGCGCCUCGCUUCGCGCUUGAUCGUGGACACGGCGCUGGUGGGCAUGUAUUCGCGGUGUGGGAGCUUGGGCGAUGCUGCGGCUGUGUUUGAGGGAAUGGAGGAUCGCGACACAGUCGCGUGGAAUGCCAUGAUCGCGGCAUUUGCCGAGGCGAGAGAUCUAGAUCGGGCUAUGGAAUGCUACCAGAGAAUGCUGGAUCGAUCCACUUGUGAGCCCAAUGGGGUCACGUAUGCCACCCUUCUUGCUGCUUGCCGUGAUCGAGGUGAUCUUGGCCAUGGCCGGCGCCUUUUCAGGGAUGCCCAGGAUCGAGGGCUCUAUCCCGAUCGAUUCGUGCAAAGCGCGGCAGUGGCGAUGCUCGCGCGGUGUGGCGCGAUCUGCGAGGCCAGGAAAUUGCUGCGGGAGGCCAAGAUCAGGGACGUGGAGGCCUGGAACGCGAUGAUCUCGGCUUAUGCCCAGAUGGGUCAUUUGCGCGAGGCUCUGGGAAUCUACCGGGAGAUGGAACACGACGGCUCCAGCAGCCCCGAUCUCUUCACCUUUGCAAGCGCUCUAGCUGCUGCAGCUGGGCUUGGAGAUCUGGACACCGGGAAGGUGAUCCACGAGAGAAUGGCGGCCGAAAGAUCGCUCAAGCUCGACGUCUUCGCCGCAAACGCGCUGCUCACCAUGUACUCCAAGUGUGGCAGCUUGGGCGAUGCCAAGCUCGUGUUUGAUCGCAUCCCGGACAAGGACACAGUCUCCUGGAACUCGAUGAUCUCGGCCUACGCCCGCCACGGCCGCUACAAAGACGCCAUCGCCACGUACCGCGCCAUGGAGUGUUGCCCGGACGAGGCCACCAUUGUGAGCGCCCUCGCGGCAGCGUCGGCUCUCGCGGAUCUAGACGAAGGAGCUGCCAUCCACGCCCGAGCUCUCGAGCUCGGGAUCGCCACUCCUGUGGUGGAGUCCACGCUCGCAAGCAUGCACGCCAAGUGUGGGAGCUUGGACGCGGCCAUGGCGCUCUUCGAGAAGAACCGCGAGAAAGAUCUAGUCUCCUGGAACGCGAUGGUGGCAGCGUACGCGCAGCACGGAGAUGGCUCCGAGGCGCUCGCGCUGAUCCACCGGAUGGAGCUGGAGGGGAUCUCCCCAAAUGGAGUGACGCUGUCCGGGGUGCUGGCGUCGUGCUCCCAUGCCGGGCUGCUCGAGCGGGGGAUGUUCUACGUGGGGUGGCUGAGCCGGGAGCACGGCGUGGCGGUGGAGAGCGAGCACUAUCGGUUUGUAGUGGAGCUGCUCGGGCGGUGUGGGAGGCUGGGCGAGGCCGAGGCGGUGGUCCGCGGUAUGCCGCUGGAGCCCGACCCCGCGCUGUGGGUGACGCUGGUGGCCGCUUGCGUGCUCCACGAGGAGGUAAGCCGCGCGGACCGUGCCGCUGCGGGGUUGGAUCCUGGCGACGCUGCGUCUUACGUGCUCCUCGCCAAUGUAUAUUCGGCUGGGAUUUGA